UGAAAGAGUGAGUAGCCGACAAAGAUCCUGUCGUCUGGCCAGGAAAGUGCGUGGGGCCACCAUUACUGACAGAAGUUCAGAAUCUGCGCUUGUGAUGUGACAAUUGGCUGCGCCAAAGUGGCGCUUUUACGCACGAUGGAGGAGCUCCUACGGGAACAAAAUAUUUGGGCAGUGAAUGCUUCAUGGGGUAACUCAAGUCGGGGGAACGACAGCCACUUGGGGAACAGCACAGUGAAUCCUCUGAAACGAAAUGAAGACGUGGCCAAAGUGGAGGUCACUGUCCUGGUCCUGGUGCUGCUGCUCGCACUGGCAGGCAACCUUUGCGUUCUGCUGGCUAUCCACACCACCAAGCACAGCCAGUCUCGGAUGUAUUACUUCAUGAAGCACCUGAGCAUCGCAGACCUUGUUGUUGCGGUCUUUCAGGUACUGCCGCAACUAAUUUGGGAUAUCACCUUUCGCUUCUAUGGCCCAGAUUUGCUGUGCAGGCUGGUCAAAUACCUGCAGGUCGUCGGCAUGUUCGCAUCCACCUACAUGCUCGUCCUGAUGUCCAUAGACAGGUGCUUAGCAAUAUGUCAGCCACUUCGCUCUUUGCGCAAGAGAAAGGAUCGCUUCUAUGUUAUCGCCUCUUGGAUGCUGAGCUUAAUAUUCAGUACUCCUCAAGUGUACAUAUUUUCUCUGAGGGAGGUAGGCAAUGGAGUGUAUGACUGCUGGGGGGACUUUGUUCAACCAUGGGGCGCCAAAGCAUAUGUCACGUGGAUAAGUCUUACUAUUUACAUCAUCCCAGUGGCAAUUUUAAGCAUCUGCUAUGGCUUGAUAAGUUUUAAAAUAUGGCAGAACUUUAAAUUAAAAACUAAAAGGGAGCACUGCCUGUCUCUCACACCGAAGGCGUCCAAAGGGACGUCGCUCUCUCGUGUGAGCAGCGUGAGGCUCAUCUCAAAAGCCAAGAUCCGUACAGUGAAAAUGACUUUUGUAAUAGUCCUUGUCUACAUUGUGUGUUGGACUCCGUUCUUCUUUGUCCAGAUGUGGUCUGCAUGGGAUCCCGCUGCACCAAGAGAAGACAUGGCCUUUAUCAUUGCCAUGCUGUUGGCCAGUCUCAACAGCUGCUGUAACCCCUGGAUCUACAUGUUCUUCGCUGGGCAUCUGUUCCACGACCUGAUGCAGUGUUUCAUCUGCUGCUCCAGCCAGUACCUGAGAGCCUCGCCCUGUGAGCAGCGGUGCAGCCACAAGAGCAGCUCCUCCACCUUCGUCAUCAAGAACACCAGCAGCCAGAAGAGCCUGACGCAGACUUCCAGUACAGGAGCACCCGGCCAGACCAACUGAAGGCCAUCCAAGUUCCCCAUAGUCGAGUUAUCUGGCCCAUUUAAUCCCCACUACUACUGCUGGCCACUGCUACAUGUUUGAUUAAUGUUUCAAAGAGAAAUCAACAGACAAAUCAUGGCAUAAGACCCUUGUGCAAACCAUUGCUUGCAUAUUACUGAUAACGGAGAAAAGAACACAAUUUCGCUAUGUUAAAUUAAAGGUGAAGCUACUAUACCAGCUACAUCUGUGGUUAACGUCUCUCUGGCGUUUGAACACUCUCUGCACAAGAAUGUGCGUCCUUGGCUUUCCCGAAACAUCACUCUCCCAGUGGACAUGUGUAUAUUUGAACAGGGGUCCUCCAAACCAUAUUCACCUCCCCAGCAUAAGUUCAUUGCAUUUGCAGCCGUUUGUAAGGCACGUUCAUUACUGUCCGAGUCCAGCUCGUUGUCAAGAUUUAUCGUCUGCCUCGCUGAGCAACCAUGAACAUUUUAUUCCUCAUAUGUGCUUCAGUCUUUCGGUGUUUGUUUUGCAAGAUUGUUCCCCAGAUUAACGUCCUGAUUUGAACUUUCGCGACACAA